AUGGACUUCAACCUCAUACGCGAGCACCUGCUGGGUGUCGACCUGAACAAGGGUCUGCAGGCCGCGGCGGAUCUCCGCGAGCGCAUGGAAAUCGUCCACACCUCCGAGUACCCGAGCUUCAUCAGCAGCCUCUUGCGAUGCUUCGUGGAGCUGCUCAGGGACAGGCUAACGCCCCAGAUGGUCGACAACAAGAUCAACAAGUUCCGGCACGUUAUCCUAGAGAUCCUGCACCGCCUCCCCAACAACGAGGUCCUCAAGCCCCACGUGCAGGAGCUGCUGCUGCUGGUGAUGAAGGUCGUGGACACCGACAACGAGGACAAUGCCAUCCAGGGCCUGCGUGUGGUCUUCGACCUACAGAAGAAUUACCGACCGCAGCUGGAGUCGGAAGUGCCGCGAUUCUUGCAGAUGGUGAACAACAUCUACCGGCAGCUGGGUCGGAGCGUCCACCAGAUCUUCGGCCCGGAGGGGAUCAAGACCGCACAGCAGGUCGCCGAGAUGACCGCCCGUAAGCACGCCCAGCAGGCCGCCGCCCCGGCCCCGGCCUCCGCGGACGGCACGGCGGCGGCGGCGGCGGCCGCCGAGCCGCCGGCGAUCCCGCUCCUGCGCAGCAAGGACUCGUUCAAGGUGUUGACCGAGUGCCCGCUGAUCGUCAUGCUGCUGUUCCAGCUGUACCCCAAGUACAUCAAGGCCAACAUCCCGGACCUCAUCCCGCUGAUGAUCGACGCCCUGCGGCUGGCGCCGACCCUGCAGCGGGGGAGCGAUGGCGUGCUGCCCGUGAAAACCCUGAGCUUUCUCACGUACCUCCUGCGGGGAUUCACGCCCCUGAUGCAGCCGUACGAGAAACAGAUAUCCUCGAGCGUGAUCAACCUGCUGAGGAGCUGCCCUUCUGACGCGGUUGCCACGCGGAAGGAGCUGCUAGUGGCGACGCGGCAUAUUCUCGCCACGGAGUUCAGGAAGGGAUUUUACUCGGAGGUUGACCGUAUGCUGGACGAAGACCUCUUGGUCGGACCCGGACGUCAAGCGCGCGACACGCUGAGACCUCUCGCCUACUCCACCCUGGCCGACCUCGUCCACCACGUCAAGGAUCGCAUCGACCUGGACCAAGUCUCCCGGGUGAUUCAGGUGUUUUCGAAGAACAUCCACGACCCAUCGCUCCCGAUCCCGAUCCAGACGACGAGCGUUAGGCUCCUGCUCAACCUAGUGGACUACAUCUUCCACAAUGACGACCCGGACCUCCAGCGGGGAAAGAAGCUUCUCCAGAGAGUUCUCAAGGCGCUCGUCUACAAGUUCGGCACGUUGCGGCACUACAUGCCCCUGGUCGAGGGAGCGGAGCGAGCGAGAAUCCGCCACGCCAAGGACAUCGAGGCCGGCGCCGGCCCCAAGCUGGCGACGGAGAACCUCCCGGCGGCAACGGCAACGGCGGCGGCGGCAGCGCGGGGGACCGGAGGCGGAGGACCGGAGGCCAUGGAGGUGGACGUGGAGAGUACGGGCGGCGGGGGCGGGGCCGGGGCCGGGGAGGAGCAGGUGAACGUUGAAGACGAUGUCGACAUCGAGACUCCAGCGGCGACGGCGGCGAGGCCGCCGGUCCACGGCGGCGCGGAGGUUGCCAACAGCGCGGCGGCGGCGCUGAGGAUCGCGAGGGAGUCGAGCUCGUCGAGGGAGGAGGGGUCGCCGCGGAAGUUUGCCCUGGGGGGCCCGCCGGAGGUGAACGACACCAUCCAGGAGGUCAAGAUUCUCGCGAAGACGAUGAUCCAGGGGCUAAAGACGGUAAUCUGGUGCUGCUCCAACUACCGGCAGCCCAAGGCCGGGCAGGACAACUCUUCCUCCGGUGCGGGGGGGAACGCUUCAUCGUCGUCCUCGUCCUCGUCCAACCAAGGGACCAUUAUACGGCGCCCGAUGUCCUGGGAGGAGAGGAACCACACGGCGAAGUUUUUCAAGUGGGCCCUCCCGUGCCUGAGAGUGUUCACCAAGAGCGGCGGGGCGGUGUCGCCCACGGAGUCGAAGGACGCGUUGGAUGCGUUCGCGGGGGCGUUUACGGUGCUGGGGCCGUACGAUCUGAGAACGGCGGUGGGUCGGCACAUCUCGAUACUGUUCGACUCCACGCUGGAAGACCCCUCCCUCCUGACCAUCCCCCAGCACCUACUCGCCAACGAGGCCGCCAGCUGCACCUUCGCAGACGUCCUCUUGUCCUUCUUGGUGCAUCAGAUGGACGACCUCGCUGGCUACGAAGAGAGGAGGCCCGUGCCAUCCCGCCGCACCCGUCAAACCAGCGGAGCGGAGCCAAGGAAGAAGAGAACACCUCAAGAGGUGUGGAGGGCGCGGCAGGCGGCGAUGGAAGGGGCUGCCUCCGGCGACAACAAGGCGGCUGGCGACAGCGGCGAGAGCUCCGGCGGCGGCGGCGGCGGCGGUGUGACGACGGUCACGGCGGCUCGCCCCCGGUCCGAGAAGGAUCCAGAGGGCAAGAACGACGGGGACAAGGACAAGGACCUCGAGAAGCGGGCGAGGAUGAAGGCCCAGGUCCUUCUCCGGCUCUUCAAGGUGGUCUUCGGCAGCGUGACCCUCUUCCCGAAGAACGAGCGCAUGCUCCGACCGCACCUCCAGACGAUCGUGCUGUCCUGCCUCCGGUACACGACGAGGGUCAAGGACCCGACCAACUACUACUUCCUGCUCAGGGCGCUCUUCCGCAGCAUCUCGGGCGGGAAGUUCGAGAGCAGCUACAAGGAAAUCUACCCCCUCCUCCCGUUGCUCCUAACGGAGCUGAGCAAGCUCCACCACCGUGCGGAGGAGGUGUCGAUCAAGAACAUACUCGUCGAGCUCUGCCUUACAGUCCCGGCGAGGCUUGCUUCUCUCCUGCCCCACCUGCCCCUGAUGAUGAGGCUCAUGGUGCACGCGCUAAGGUGCCGGGGCGACCUGGACGGGCUGGCGCUGCGCACGCUCGAGUUCUGGGUGGACAACCUGAACCCGGACUACCUGUACAGGAUCAUGAGCCACGACCCGAAGGUCCUUGCAGACGUGAUGACGGCGCUCUGCGCCAACCUGAGGCCGGCGCCUUUCCACUACGGCACCAUCGCACUCCGCCUCUUGGGCAAGCUGGGGGGAAGGAACAGGCGCUUCUUGAGCGAGCCCAUGCUGCUGCCGCCCAGCACGGGCACGUCCUGGCACACGCGCGACUGCUUUAAGUUGGAGAUGGAGUGGUCCUUCAGCCCGGACGACAACCUCGGCCCCCCCGGUGACUCCCGGCGGCGCUUCACGCUCCCGAUGGACUUGAUCUUCGGCAAGGUUUGCGCCCUCCUCAACAAGCUGUCGGGCAAGGUUCAGGUCGCCCCGGCCGCUAAGAACGCCGCUUCCAAGAACGCCUCCUCCGCCGGCGCGCAAAAGAAAUCAGCGGGCACGGCGGCGGCGGCGGCGGCGGCGGUGGCGGCGAGCGGCGAGGGUGUCGACGGCAGCGAGCAGCGCAAGAGCGUGAUCAGGGACACGCUGCAGGAGUCGCUGUCCCGGCACAAGCGGCUCGCUUUCCGGCUGGUUCUGUCGUGCAUGGCGCCUGUGCUCGCGGGGGGAGCCUCGCUGCCGGCCAUCACGGAGGAGGAGAUCGUGGCCGCGGAGAAGAAGUGCCGCAUGGAGGAGGGCGGGGCGGACAUGCUGGGCCGCCCGCCCGAGAGCUUCCGGGAGGCCGUGCUCCCGGAGCACCUGCGGUACAAGGCCCAGUUCGAGUAUAAGGCCCGCAUGAUGUCCAAGGGCAUCGCCGCCCUACUCGUCUCAGCUUCGGACCCGGACCUCAAAGAGACGGCCUCUCCCGUCUUGCACGGCAUCAUCCUGGACUGCAUCCGGCUCACCACCCCGCCGCCGCCGCCGCCGCCCCCGCCCCAAGCCGCCGAACCCACCCCCCGCCGCCGCCUGCCCCAAGGCUUCUCGGACUUGGACAUCGGCCCGUACUCCGAGCCUGCGGCGGCGGCGGCGGCAGCGGCGGACGCGCCAGCGGCCGUAGCGCCGGGGGUGGGCGCCGCCGACAUGGCCGCCAUGCAGGACCCCAAGGCCGACCUGGUGUUUUCGCCGCUAGAGGCGGUCUCGGAGCACCUGCGGGGGCGGCGGGUUACCAGCCCCUGCGAGAUCACGGACGCGAUCGUGGAUGGGCUGAGCGACGUGCGGAAGGACGUGCAGGGGGUAGCUCUGGGGCUCAUCGAGUUCAUCGUGGAGCACUCGGGCGUGAAAGAUCCGCCGGCCGUCGAGGGAGGGGACGCUUCGUCUUCGUCCCCGGGGAGGCCUUCUUGGCAGGGGAGGGUGCUGGUGCACAGCCUGUUCGAGAGCCUUUGCCAGGGCUGCUUCGAGAAGCAGUGGAGGCGCAAGAUCAGCGCAUGCCGAGGCAUCCGGAAGGCGUGCGCCGUGAUGAACUGGCAGACUGCUCGUGUGUUCGAGUUCAAGCUCAUGCAGGUGGGGGCUGCGGCUGCCGCUUCGGGGGCACCCGGCGGCGGCAGCAGCGGUGGCGGCGCCACCGCGAUGGAGGUUGACACGCCGAGCCCUGACUCGUCUGGCAACCAGGGCAAGCGGAGCUCUGGCCCCCCCGAGGUAGUGAUCGCGAGCCCCGUGGUGCACUUGCUGGCGACGGAGCUGUCCAACUACCGGCAUACCGUCCGGUCGACGGCGAAGAGGGCGAUCGAGCUCAUGGCGGCGGCCAAGGGGUGUUCGACGACGGACAUACUGGCUCCCUGCAGGGGGGCCGUGGAGGGGCACAUCUUUUCGAAGCAGCUCCGGGCGGUGCAGGCUUCUCAGCAGGUGGGCAUGCUCGAGGCGCUGACGUACGGCCUGAUGCUCAAGCCGCAGCUGCUGACGGUAACUUCCAAGGUGAUGCAGAUCUUGGGGGAGGUGCUGGCCAUGACGGAGACUGACGACCUCGACCCCGGGCGAAACGCGAUCCCGGCUCUCUACAACUCCCUCCCCGGCUCACGUUCCACGCACACGGGUUUCCCGUCGAAGACGGGGGUUCGGGACAUGCAGUCUCCCUCGGAGCUGCCGCACGUCGUGCAGCUGCGUGUGUCUGCGAUCCGACUGAUGCACAUCGUGAUGGUGACCAAGCCGGAGGCGUUCAUGGAGACGGACGUGCUCAAGGACGCCCGCACGCGGUGCAUCUCGCUGUUCUUCAAGAGCCUCACCAGCAGGGCCGACCAGGUGGUGGACGCAGCCCAGGCGGCGCUCGUGCAAGUAAUCUUCACGAACCGGCAGUUUAAGGACAAGUCCGGCAUGCCCAAAGACCUGCUGCAGUCAUGCCUCCGCCCGGUGCUCAAGAACCUGACGCACAUCCAGAAGCUCAGCCUGCCGCUGCUGCAGGGGCUGAGCCGCCUGCUGUACCUGCUUUCGAACUGGUUCAACGUUACCCUGGGCGACAAGCUGUUCGGGUACCUGCGGCAGUGGACCGAGCCGCAGAAGCUGCAGACCUUGCCUGACCCGAAGGGAUGGAAGCCCGGAGAGGAACCCGACGUGGCGGCCGCCAUAAUGGGACUCUUCCACCUCCUGCCGCACUCCCCGAAGUUCUUGGACCAGCUCGUCAAGCUCACGCUGCAGCUCGAAACGGUUCUGCACAGGUACGACAACUACAGCCGGCCUAGCAAUCCUUUCCUGGUUCCCCUGACCAAGUACCUCGACCGUUACGCGAAGGAAACCAUGGAGUACUUCUUGGACAGGGAGAAAUUGGGGAAGGCGCCCACGGCAGGGCUGCUGGUGCAAGUCCUCGCGGAAGAUCUGGCGAAGCCGCUCCGUGAGAAGAUGGGAAGCGCCCAGUACACCGACGUCCUUCUGGCCACGUGCUUCCAGGAAACGGUCGACGCUACCAAGGCGGCGACGGGCAGACACUUUGUGACAAUCCUCGACAGCGCUCGGCGCAGCUCCGAGACGGCGGAGGGUCGUCUGGUGAAGAUGGUACAGGAGCACAACGCCCAGGUUCUGGCGUUGGACGACCUGAAGAAGAGGAGGGACGCUGCCAUCGAGGUUUCCAGGCGAGCCCAAGCCCCGAAUCCGGCGGAAGGAGAGGGUGCUACUGGCGCUGCCGCUCCUAACGCGGCUGCUGCUGCUGCGGCGGCAGCCCAGGCGGAGCAACGCGUGCAAACGACAAGCGCUAAGCUGGCGUCGUUGACGAGAACACUGGGAAUGGUGAAGGAGGUGGUCAGGCAGACGAAGCUCACGAUCGCCGCCCAGCAGAAGCGCAUCGCCGCCCAGCAGGCCACGGGUGUCCAGCAAGCUCCCGGCGGAGGCUUUCGCCUGGGGGGGGACGAGACCGUCCUCAUCCCUGCCCCCGGCGCGUACCCGACCUCCCUCAGCCGCGAGUCCGCGGAGUGCCUGCACCAGGGUCUGCGGGUGGUGUAUGUGCUGGCUCAGUACAUGCCCAAGUACCUAGAGAAACAAACGAGGGUGGUGGCGACGCUGCGAGAGGUAUGGAGGGCGCACGCUUGCCGCCGCAGGGACCUGGGCAUGACUGCCAAGUCGCAGCAACAGCAGCAGCAGCAGCAGCAGCAGCGCACGACCAACAGCAGCGCCUCCCGAGAAGAAAACGAGGGCAAGCUGAUCAUCAAGUGCAUGAUGGAGUGCUACCGGGCGCACCCGGGGCAGGUGGCAAUGCUGCUGGACAUGGCGACGGUCUUCCUCUACCCCACUCCGGUGGACUUCACUUUCCUUAAGGAUUUCUACCGGUUCGAGGUGCCGGCCCUAGCGGGGAUCUCCGAGAAGCGCGCCCUGUUCCGCGUUUUCCUGGAAACCCUCCGCGAUCCCAACCUCACGGGGGAGCACAAGGUCAAGUGCCUGUCUCUCGUCGUGAUUCCGGUCCUUACCACUACGCUUGAGGACCCGCACACCAACAACGCCGAGGUGGUAACGGACUCGCUGGUGAGUCGGCUGGUCCACGAAGGGUUCGGUGGCGAAGGGAACCAGAAGUACCCCGAGGGGUUGCGGGUGGAGCUGCUCAAGCUGGGAGCGCUGCUGAUCGAGUUCAUGCACAAGGAGCUGCUGGAUCACCGCAAGGAGCUCAUCAAGUUCGCCUGGAACAACAUCAAGGUGGAGGACAGCGGGAAGCACUGGGCCUACGUGAACGUGUGCCGUUUCAUCUGCGCGUACGACACGCCGCCCAAGAUCAUUCUACAGGUUUACGUUCAGCUGCUGCGGUGCAUCCAGCCGGAGGUGAAGGAGCUUGUCCACGCCGCGCUCGACAUCCUCGUGCCCGCGCUGCCCUUCAGGCUCACGACCGGGGAGUUCAUGAAGGCUAUCAAGUGGACCAAGAAGAUCAUGUACGAGGAGGGCCACGCGCUGCCGCAGCUUAUCCACAUGUGGCACAUGAUCGUCAGGCACCCGGCCCUCUUCUACAGCUGCCGCAGCCAUUUUGUCGGGCAGAUGGUCAACUCGCUUAGCCGCCUGGGGCUGCCACCCAACUGCCCGCGAGAAAACCGUCAACUGGCGGUCAGCCUGGCCGACCUCAUGAUCAAGUGGGAGGCGCACGGCCGAGAGCUCACCCGGUUGCGCCGCGCCGCUACCGCCGCUGCUGCCGCCGCUGCUCCGCCGCCGGAAAAGGACCCGGCGGCCUCGAAGGGAACGAAACGGUCGUUAGAGACCGGCGCCGAGGGAACCGCCACCGCCGCAGCCGGAACACUUACAACGGCGGCGGCGGCUACCGCUGUGCCGGCGGCUGCAGUGGCCGGCCAACAGGAGCAAGGUCGAGAGAAGGUGGAGACGGUGGUGAACUUUGUGGUGAGGGUCGCCCUGUUCGCGAUGGCCAACCUCAAGGAUAGCGGCAUCGCUCACCUCUCGAGGCGGUGCCUCGGCCUGCUGGAGAAGGCGCUCGAGCUCUGGCCUGACACCCCCAUCAAGUACACGUACUUCGAGAAGCUAGUGCACGUGAUGGUCGACAUCGACCCGCAAACCGCCUCCCAGCCUCAGCUACAGGCUACGAUGAAGGCCUUGCCUGGAGUGCUGGAGGCGUCUCUGGACAUUUUGAUCAUCUCCUUGGGUACCGAGGAGUCGACCGCCGCCACCAACACCUCCGGAGAUGCCACCGCCUCGCCUGCCACGGCGGACACAACCUCCGCCACGAAGACCCCGGCCAGAGUCCCCAACAAUUUCGUGCUCCAAAACGUGGCCAAGUUUCAGCGCCUGCUGGGACCCUCCCUGCGUGCGGACACCCCCGGGAUACGGCAGCGCCUGCUCCGGCUGAUCCGGCGGCUCGCCGCUCUCUACGGCCCCGGGGAAGCCCCCAGGGAGUUCCAGGAGGCCAAGUUCUGGGACAACUUCCAGGGAUCCGUGGAGCGGAGGCUGAAGGCGGCACUCGGCGAGAAACCGCCGCCCCCGGCAACCCACCCGACAGCCUGGUACGGCAGCGCCGCGGCCUCGGUCUCGGCGACGGCGUCGGUGGCGGCGGCGGCGGCCAACGGGGGCGCCGGCGUGGCCGGCGAGUACAACCGCAGCAAGGCGCUCUCCUCGGUCAAGAUCGUCGAGAGCGUGUCGGCGGCGUACCCGGCGUUCGCGGACUUCCACGCUGCGAGCCUGAUGGACCUCGUGAGGAUGCUCUCGAGGCAGCACUUCCUGCAGGCCGGGGUGGUGGCGAGCACUCUGGCGGCGAGGUACGGCGGAAACGCUGCCGCGGUGGCGCUGCCGCCAGGGCUCGUGGGCAGCGACCCGAUGAGCCCCAGCUCGAGGCUGCUGCCGACGGCCAGCAUGGCGGUGCUCAACACGGCGGUGACGGUGGAGUUCGUGGUGGACGACGCCCCCCUGACGGAGCACGUCGAGGCCCUGGUGAUUUGCCUCAAGCUGCUGCGAGGCAUCACCGACCGCGCCCAGAUCCCAGACAACAAGAAGGUGUUCCAGUCGCUUUCCGCGGCGUGCCUGAGCAUCCUCGACAAGUCGGACAACGUGGCGCUCUUGACCACCGUCAUGGGCUUCGUGAAGGACUGGCUUUUGAAGGAACCUUCUCAACCCAAGUCCCCGUUUCUGAGCGAUCAGGAACGAAAGAUGUUCGUGCAGCGCCUGGUGCGGCUGGACAGACUGUCGGAGGUGCACGUGCAGUCAGUCUUCAAGCUGCAGCUGGAGGUCAUCGACGCAUUGGUUAACGUCCCGGAGGGGAGCACCAUGCCCAAGUGGGUGCAGGCGGAGGCGCCCCGGCUGUUCAUGGCGGGCUUGAUGGCCGCGGACCCCGCCCUUCGCAGGCGUUUCUCUCAGCGCCUGGUGAAAGAGGCGGGGACCGCCGCCGCAGCGGCGGCAGCAGUAGCGGCAGCAAAAGCAGCGGCCGGUCAGGCGGGCGGGGCGACGCCGGCGACGCCGGUGGGGGACGCCGUCACCGCAGGGAGCAGCGGCGCCUCCCCGAGCGCGGUUAUCAUGCACGCGCUCCGCCUGGACUGGGAGCCGUUGCAGCUGAGGUUUUGGCCGGCGGCGGUGGCAGAUGCGCUUCUGGGUCUCGUCAACGGGGGGAGGGCCUUAAGCCUCGAGGAUGACGAGUGCAUGCGACCGUUCGUGGGUGCGGCGACCGGUGGCGUAGUGGGAUCCGUGGGGGGGGCCGGAGAGGUGGUGGACCCUCUGCGGGGCCUCCUGCACGCAGACGUUACUAUCGCCGACGAUGUGUGGACGCGGACCCUCACGCUGGCGUGGGCUACCUUCAGCGACCGGCGGAGGGCUGAGUUCGCCGGGGUGGCGGGGUCGCUGCUGGCCAAGCCGUGGCAUACCAAGGCCAUGAACCUGCCCCCUCUCAUGCAGGGGUCUCACAGCGUUAACGUGAUCCAGAGCUUGCUGGGGGCGAUCCUAGCUCUAAGGCCGCUGCCCCCGCUCCCCGUUGAUCUUCUGGGUGCGCUCGCCGUCGGCUUCAACGCUUGGCACACCGUCAUCCCCGCGAUGGAACACCAGGUGAUGAACGCCUCUGUGGAAGGAGAGACCCCAGUGGAUACGCAUCCUGGCGUUCCUGUACAAGCACCUUGGGGAGGACGACGUCUGCAGCGCGCUCCGGAGACGUUUCGCGGUGUGCCCAGAAACCAAGGAGGGAUAGGGGGCGCCUCAGGGGGCGGCACCCUUUUCGUGUGA